AUGCUUCAAGAGGAGGCUCCAAAGCGUGUCAAUGUUGACGAAGUGCUAGAGAAGGUGACUGGUCCCCGAGGAUUAUGGCAAAACGCCAUUCUACUGGUUGUUUGUAUUUCGAUGUCCGUUCCUGUUCUUUUCCCAGUUUUCUCCAACGCCGUGCCUCGAUACCGGUGUGCUUUAGAUGAGGCAAACGAGGCCUAUUUGGCUAAUAAGUUGGUUGCAGGAGGAGAAUUUGAAAAUGAAACAAGGCAUCUCACAUUCGACGAAGCAGCCAGACUAGUUGGGCCCUGGUUUGCCACAGAUGAAGACGUCACUGUCAAUCAACACUCAUAUGGUUGCUCACGAUUCAAAGAUCUUAAUUUAACUAGUCCAAAGGAAAGUGGAGGUGCUAGGUCCACCGAAUCCUGUGUAAAUGGAUAUGUCUAUGAAUCGAUGGAAAAUCAAUAUCCGAGCACAAUAGUUGCCGAGUGGGACCUGGUAUGUGAAGAUUCCUGGAAGAAUCCUUUCUCCACUUCCGUCUAUAUGUUUGGAAUGAUGAUGGGCUUCUUGUCGGGAGGUUUCCUGAGUGGUCUGCUAGGUCGGAAGAGGGCUCUUUACUUGGCAACCAUCGUUGAAUGUGCUUUCGGUCUGGCAGUCACAUUCGCUCCAACUUAUGAGUGGUAUAUUGCACUGCGCUUCUUCCUGGCAGCUGCAUGUACAGUCAAGGUGGCAGCAGUGUCUGUGAUCACAGUGGAGAUUACAACUGCUCGUUAUCGUGCCUUCUUCUCUGCCAUAUUCUCCUUCUUUUUUCAGUGUCUUUAUCGCAUACUGCAUGCUCUAUGCGCGAUGUUUAUUCAUGAGUGGCGGUAUCUUCAUCUCAUGAUAAUGAUACCCGGAUUCAUUGGUCUGUUUGCAAUUCUCGGCUUGCCAGAAUCGCCCCGAUGGCUUGUCUCACAAGACAGGGAUAGAGCGGCCCUUAAGACACUUUACAAAGCAUAUAAGGUGAAUUCCACUUGCAAAAGUGGACGACGAUUAACGUUUGAAGAGUUUCUUGAAGAGACGAGUCAUCCUAACGUCAGCGAUGGUCCUAAGAAACCGAAGAAGGCGUUCAAGCUGACAAGCUUUUUAAGAGGCGUUGGAAAAGGCUUUGCUGCACCCUACCAAAACACUGAUAUCGCCAAGAGGUCGGUAAUUUCCACACUCCUUUUCACUGGUCAAAUGUGUGCCUUCUUUGGAAUGCUCUUUUAUACUCAGGUCAUUCGAGGUUCAGUGUACUACGUCUCCAUAUUAAACGGUCUAACUUCAAUUCCUGGAACUCUGAUUUCAACUCUUCUUUAUUGGAGACUUAAAAGUCGUAGGAAACCUCUCUUAGUCCUCUACGGCAUGUCAGUUGCAAUUCUUCUCAUCGGUGGUCUCUACACAGUGGUGGGUAAGCCCGAGUCAGAAAUCCCCUUGAUUGUGUGCUGCAACAUCACUUUAGUUUUGCUCGGAGCUUCUUUGAACAUGCUUUUCAUUUACACACCUGAAUUAUUCCCCUCGAGCAUUCGGAGCCAAGGAUUUGGGAAUGCAACUGGUCUUGGAAGAGUCGGUAGCAUGCUGUGCAGUUUUAUUAAUCAACUUGACUUGCAACUGGGUCAUGGUGUCCCCGUGAUAAUCUAUGGAGGUGUUCUGUUACUCCAACUUGUUUUAACCUGCUGUUUGCCUGACACUGAUGGUGAGAACCUUGCAGAUGUUGUCCAUUCGGAAGGGGAUAAGUGA